AUGAGCUGGUAUAUGCAUACAUACUUUGUCGGAUUGGCUGCGGUCGGUUAUGACGCACUUUGGGGCUCCUUGGUUAAAAACGGCACGGCGACAGCUUUUGGUGCUGUAAAGGCUUCGGGUACGCUUCCAGACGGCAAUCUGCUCCAGAAAGUUUACACCAAGAUCCCAUUUCUCGAUCAAUUUUUACUGUCGCCCGUGAUUUUUUACGAUGCGUUGCUUCGAGAUAGAAACCCUGUGUACCGGUCGCUGCUCGUCAGCUUGUUUAGCACUAUGCAGACGACCGCUUUCUGCACCAUCGCUCAUGGGUGGCUGGGUGGAAGCCCCAGGUUAUGGUGGAACAUUAUAGAGUCUCUCCUUUGGGGUGUUUUCAACCAGAGCUACGGCGCUGCUUUCGUUUAUCCGCUAUACUGCUUUGCUCACUUGCAUCAACUCAAAAACGAGGGCAUUAAAGAGAAAAACAUGAAGAAACUGUCUACAGAGGAUGCUGAGGCGCUUUUAUAUACGAGCAUAGUCGCGGCCGUGUUACCUGCCUGGUUAAUCUACCCUGCGUUCGUCUCUUGCUCCAGCGAGACACGACAAUUCUUAAUAGCAUCCUACCGAACAACUCCAACCAUCCUCGCACUUGCGCAGCCAGUCAUAGCUGUCCUGAUCAAACGAUGUCGCAGAAUUCCUUUGGACGGAAGCUACAUAGGUCCGCUUGUCAAAGGGUCGUUGUAUCUGUCAGGGGCAUGUUCCGCUUUGGGUCACUUGUACGCUUUGGCUACAUCCUUGGCAUUGGCACCAGUUACUCUGACUGGAAUUUUCUGGCCGUGGACAACUAGUAUGGAUAUCUCUAGCAUUUCGGUCAUUGCCCAAGGUUGCCACCUCUUCUUACAGAACGAUUGGUGGGUUAUCCUUGCUGCCUUUGUUCCGCAAGACCUUGUCAACUUUAUCGUGGGCAGAUACGCAGGUAUGCCAGCUUGGAAAACUUUUGGCGGCCUUGCUGCUCUUGCUGUUGUGUUUUCACUCGGCGCAGUAUUGGCUUGGACAAUGGCGGCCAAGGUUUGA